AUGAGCAGGAAACAGGCAAAUGUGCAUAUUCCCCGGUUCAUCCAGGAAAAACCGUGGUUUUUUGAGGAUGGGAAGAACAAUAAUGAAUCUGGGCGCGACGCAGGACAAGACGACUAUUUGGCGCAUCAUCGAAGCCAUAAUACCCGCGAUAAUUACCUCAGCAUUGAAAACAAUGGAGAGGCUAAAGUGGGUCGCGGUAUUAGGGAUGAGUUUGUCAAGGUAGGAACUAAGAAGGGAAUCCACGGUCCAAGACGUGCGCGACGUGCACAGCGCUGUGAAAAUUGCGGUGAAAGUGGACACGACAGGCGAGAUUGCUUAGAAGUUCCGCGUAGGGGUAAGACUGCGGUAAAACAAGUGGGGAAAGCCGCCUACUUACGACGUGGCGAGGAAAAUUCCGACUGGGAUUCGCAACGUGAUCGCUGGUUUGGCUAUGACGGCGCAGAUUUCAACCGCGUACUGAAACAGUGGACGUCGGCAAGACAGAGCGUGAAAGAUCCGGAUCCUAAUGGGUUGCUACAGGGCGAGGAUUUCUUGGAUACCGACGAAGAGAUCGAAUUGGCCACACUGGGGCUCUACAAAAACGACGUAACGGGACUUCUAGACAACGACGACUCUUCCAACUUCCGUCUGAGAGCUUCGGCUCGUCUACGAGAGGAUAAGGCCGCAUACUUGAACGAUUUAUACUCUGAAGACACCAACUACGACCCGAAGUCACGUGUCUAUAAGUCCGAUGCCGUCGGGGAGAUCGAUUCCGAGACCCAGAUGUUCCACCGGCAUUUGACAGGUGAAUCUCUCAAACUGACUGAAUUGAGUCGUUUCGCCCGCGAACACACUUUGCAAGCUGGUGUCACGGACAACGUCGAGAGCGAUGCAAAGACUCGUCAUGUACUCGUUGCUAACCCAACCAAGUACGAAAUGAUGAUGAAGGAAAAGAAACAAACCGCAAGCGACGAUAAAUCCAAUGGAGUUGUCAAGCCAACUGGCAGUGCCUGUAAACCCACUGGAACGCUAUAUUCCAAGCAAAAACAGCAGGAACUGGCCCAGAGGUAUAAGUGA